CGCGCCGGGCCGGGGGAGCGGCCGGGCCGGGCCGGGCUGGCGGGCGGCGGGGGCGCGCUCGGGGGACCGGGCCGCGUGGGCGCCGGGAUGGAGGGCGCCGAGGGGCGGGGAGCAGGCGUGCGUGUGUGUGCGAGCGCGAGGGAGGCCGGCCUUUAGUGUAACCGGAGCUACAAAGAAGGGGAGAGUCCGGGAGAGGGAGGGAGGAGCGGCGGCGGCGCCGGGGGCCUCUGCGCACCCUCCCCGUGGGCAGGAGCCCCCUCGAAGCGGCCUCGGCCCCCGACGCGGGGCCGCCCCUCGGCGCCCGCCCGGCAGCCCGGAAUGAUGAAGAAGAACAAUUCCACCAAGAGGGGGCCUCAGGAUGGAAACCAUCAGUGUGCACCGCCUGAGAAGGUCGGCUGGGUCCGGAAAUUCUGCGGGAAAGGGAUUUUCAGGGAGAUUUGGAAAAACCGCUACGUGGUGCUGAAAGGGGACCAGCUCUACAUCUCUGAAAAGGAGGUAAAAGAUGAGAAAAACAUUCAAGAGGUGUUUGACUUGAGUGACUAUGAGAAGUGUGAAGAGCUCCGGAAAUCCAAGAGCAGGAGCAAGAAGAAUCAUAGCAAGUUCACUCUUGCCCACUCCAAACAGCCCGGGAACACGGCACCUAACCUGAUCUUCCUGGCAGUGAGUCCAGAAGAGAAGGAAUCGUGGAUCAAUGCCCUCAACUCCGCCAUCACCCGAGCCAAGAACCGCGUCUUGGAUGAGGUCACCGUCGAGGAGGACAGCUAUCUCGCCCACCCUACUCGAGACAGGGCAAAAAUCCAACACUCCCGCCGCCCUCCAACUCGGGGACACCUAAUGGCUGUGGCUUCAACCUCUACCUCAGAUGGGAUGCUGACCUUGGACCUGAUCCAGGAGGAAGACCCUUCCCCUGAGGAGCCAACCUCCUGUGCUGAGAGCUUCCGGGUCGACCUGGAUAAGUCUGUGGCCCAGCUAGCAGGCAGCCGGCGGAGAGCAGACUCAGACCGUAUCCAGCCCUCCUCGGACCGGGCAAGCGGCCUUCCCCGACUUUGGGAAAAGCCAGACAAGGGGGCCACCUACACCCCACAGGCACCCAAGAAGUUGACCGCCACAGAAAAAAGCCGUUGUGCCUCCCUGGAGGAGAUCUUGUCUCAGCGGGACGCUGCGCCAGCCCACACCCUCCAACGACGGUCCGAGGACGCCCCAACCCCCAUCCCACACCCCCCGGGGCAGCUGUCCCGAAUCCAGGACCUGGUAGCCAGGAAACUGGAGAAGACUCAGGAGCUGCUGGCAGAGGUUCAGGGACUGGGAGACGGGAAGCGAAAGGCCAAGGAGCCCCCUCGGUCUCCUCCCGAUUCUGAGUCAGAGCAGCUGUUGCUGGAGACAGAGCGGCUGCUGGGAGAGGCAUCGUCGAAUUGGAGCCAGGCGAAGAGGGUGCUGCAGGAGGUCAGGGAGCUGAGGGACCUGUACAGACAGAUGGACCUGCAGACCCCCGACUCCCACCUCAGACAGACCACCCAGCACAGUCAGUACCGGAAGAGCCUGAUGUGAAGGCCGGUGCCAGAGUCUGGAACUCAUGGGGGUGGACAGAUUCUUAUCUCCAAGUGUUGCAGGAUAAAAGCUUUUUUAUUUACCUCAGUCAAAAAAGAAAACAAAAACAGAAUCGAA